UGGAAAUGCUUCCUUUUAGUGUAAAUCGAGACUUUUAGUGAGAAGGCGCAGUUUGCGGUACUCCGUGCCGCCACGCGACCGAUCAUGGAUAAAAAGAGACCACUCACUGAACCAGAGCUGCAAGAGAUCGUCGACAAUUUCUCUGAUUUCGAUGAGGAUAUAGUAGACUUUGCAGAUGAAAGCAAAGGAGAAGAAGAAGUUAUUCAGUACAAUGUUUACGACAGCGAAUCUGAGCAAUCUGCCGUUGAGGACUCGGACUAUACACACGAAUUGGAGAAUCAAGGAGAUAAGUUCUUUUACAUUGGAAAGGACGAAGAGAAUGUUUGGAAAAGCACUCCUGUGAGUUUUACCAGUAAAACUAGGUCUAAAAAUAUAAUCAAGAUAUUACCAGGUUCAAAAGGAGCUGCGAAAAAACAAAAUUUUGCAAGAGAUAGAGAUUGCAAAAUAACUUCGUCCACGGAGAUCCAGGCAUUAGUCGGCGCGUUAUAUAUAAUUGCAGUAAAGAAAGGAAAUCGUGUAGAUGUGCGAGAACUGUGGAGUACAGAUGGAACUGGAAUGAUUAGACUUCGGGCUGCUUUUAGUUACAGAAGUUUUUUAUUCCUUUACGAUUUGACAAUAUCAACACCAGGACAGAACGCCAAAAUAUAGAUAAAUUAGCUGCAAUACGGGAUAUUUACUCCGAUUUUGUAAAGAAUUGUAUGAAUAAUUACAUCCCUGGGGAAUUCAUUACCAUUGAUGAAAUGCUUCAUCCGUUUCGGGGGCGAUGUGGGUUCGUGCAAUAUAUGCCGCAAAAGCCGCCAAAAUACGGUAUAAAAAUAUAUGCUUUGUGUGAUAGUCGCACCUAUUAUACUUGGAAUCUUGAGAUUUAUUGUGGGCAUCAACGAGAUGGUCCCUUUCAGACAAGUAAUAAGCCAUUCGAUAUAGUUCGAAGGUUGGUAGACCCUUUAAAAAAUUCCAAGAGAAACCUGACAACAGAUAAUUAUUAUACGAGCUAUCCCCUAGCAGAUUAUCUUUUGCAAAAUGGCCUUACGUUAAUAGGUACAAUAAAGAAAAAUAAAAAGGUAAUACCCUCGGAAUUCCUUCCGAAUAAAGCACGAAUAGUUGGUUCUUCAUUAUUCGGAUUUCAGGACGAAAUUAAUUUGGUAUCUUACGUACCCAAAAAGAAUAAGGCUGUGAUAAUUCUUUCUUCUGUUGAUGACAAAGGAGAGGUUGACGAGGCAACAAAUAAGCCAACCAUCAUUUUGGAUUAUAACAGGACGAAGAGUGGUGUCGAUACUGUCGAUCAAAAAUGUGCCACUUAUACAACCCAGAGAACCACUAGACGAUGGCCCCUUGCAAUAUUUUUCCGCAUUCUUGAUGUUACUGGGAUAAACGCUGAAAUUGGAUUCAAUAAUACUAAACCUACAGAAGAGUCUCCUAGAAGACGAAAAUUCUUAAACGAAUUAGGCGUGUCUCUAAUGGAACAUCAUAUGGCGGAACGGGCGAAAAUAAUUACACUUCCAGGUACCUGCAAUAAAGCAAAAUGGUAGUGGACGUUGUCAUGUUUGUAGUGCGCAUAAAAAUAAUUAAACUACUGUUAGAUGUGACUCAUGUUAUCAGCUUGUAUGUAAAAGCCAUUGCAAAAAAACAGUUCAAUGUGAUACUUGUUGGUAUACCCCGAUGGAGGAAGACUGAUUUAUUUUAGAAUUAAGUCUCUUGGUGGCUAUGUUACCAUUUUCACUUUAAAAAUUCAGUGUUUAUCUUUUAUGUUCGCUAUAGAAUAAUGUUUUAGUUUUGAAUGUUUAAAUAAAUAAGAGCGCAAUAUUAUAAAUAAAC